GGUCGUUAAACACGAUGGCCGCACAGCUCGACAACCCCUUCGGGACUGACGAGAACGACCUCCCGAUGGAGCAGAUGCACAUGGAGUUAAAUUCGAGGCUCCUCCUGCUGCUGUAUGACGAGACCCAGCGGGUCCCCACCAUCUCGACGAGCGCGAAGAUGCACAUGGCCCGCAUGUCUGAGAUUGCGCUCGAGCCCGGGGGGAGGAUACGCAACGGGCAUCUGCUCCACUCGCCCGACGAGCCGUACGUGACGUCGCCGAAGGGGGCCAGUGCCCGUAGCACGAGGUCGGCGAAGCCAUCCAGGAAGGACAAGAGGCGGCACAAGAAGGGGACCAGGAGACUGGACCUCGCCACGCUGUUCAAUGGCGCCGCCGCGCAGACCUCUCGCGCCGCCCAGCCAGGC